UAUUGUUCUCUGCAGUGCAAUGUCUCGGCCGUCCUGACGGAAUGCGGUGAACUAUCAUCCUCAUUUCUCGUCACAACAACUCGACGAUUCCAGAGAGCAGGCAGUCGGCGUCGAUCAAGCUAUAAGCAACUGUCUAUUCUCUAGAGUGGUCUUUUUAUUCACUCCAAAAAUCGUAAGACCCUCCCUCCCUAUGCUAUUAAAUUCGAUUCUGAAGCAGGAGAUUCCGAUGAUCGACCUUCCAUUUAGCAUUCAGAUUGUGCCGUCAAGAUGUCGAAAACACUAUUCCAGUCAUCAUUUUAUACUCGUUGAUCUGUAAAAUUCAUGAUCUCCAUGUUGCGCCCCUUGGUGAUUGAUCUUAACGUGUUCAUGAAGGGAUAUAUUGGUUUGUAGCGCUUUUAUUUUGUCUUUUGUAACUUCCUUGUAAAUGUUGAAGCAUUGUUCGAUGUAGGGUAUUGAUUAUAGCUACAACAAAUUUUACUGUGUUUGUUGAUUGUAAACCGUUCUAUUUCGGAGCCUUGUCUUCCCCCGAGAACCAGUCGUUGCUGUGAAAUCUAUUGCUACCAUCCACAUCGACCCUACUCCGCGUGACUGCGACAUUGGCGCCAUUUCGUCUCGUGAUACUGAAAAUCUUUGCAUAUCACCAAAACAAUUGAUGGUUGUGGCUAUUAGUUUGGAAGACGAAUAAAUCUUGCAGCGUACGAAGAAAAAAAAUGACGGAAGCGAAGGUUGGCAGGCAGCCGAGUUUACGAGAUGAUCCAUUGAGUGAUUGUCGGAGUUUAGGUAGCAAUUGUCAUCCAUCAAGCCAAUCGAGAAAGAUUUCAAUUGGUGUUAUGGUAGAGUCACCAGCCAAUGGGAGUUCUAGAGGCACAAAAGAACGAAAAUCCAUGGUGUCAAAUGCAGAGGUUGAUUUUUCCCGCUUAGAAAGUUCCACGCAAAGGAAUCGGAAGGAUAAAGGCACAGGAACCUUUGGUACUGAUGUCAAUUCAAUACUAUCAGAAGCUCCUCAACAAGUGAGAUCACCAUGGGUUUCUACUCGACCCUCUUUACAAAAUGCACCCGUCAUGGAGACUGUAAGUGGAGCAGAACAGGCGUUCCAUUCUCCAACGACUUGUGGGAGGCAGAAUACGGGUCAUGGACUAAUGGAGCCACCAGGAACAUAUUCUGUACGUUUGUUUGCAAACCAAAGCUCAGUGUUCAAGUCUGGAAGUAGCAAGGAGACGAAAUUUGAUGAGGUCAACUGUCAAUUGGAAGAAGAGAGGGAUAGAACCAACGAGAAGUUGCAUGAGUUUGCAUUUGCAACCAUGGCAGAGGUCCGGUCAGAUAAAACGAUUAUUGAGGAUCGAGCAAAUAAAUCAGAAAAUAGAACUGAAACUCUGAAAAUGAAGCUUUGGGAGAUACUUGGAACUGUUUCUGUACCUAAGGAUCAAAACUCGGAUUGUAAGAACCAUAAGCAAGAUGCCAAUCAUUUAAUAACUGAAGAAAUCUUUGUGCAGGAGCAUGAUAGAGCUGUCAAAUUUAAACAGAAUUCGGAUACGAUUGAAACUGAUUCUGAAGAUCCCAGUCAGACUUUGAAGAGGCCAAUAGUACGUUCAAUAGCACGGAAAAGAUCCCGCAUUUUUGUGCAGUCAAGAAAAUCUAAGAUCCCUUCAUGCAACAAAGGAAAACAUCAGGAGGAAAAUGUUUUUGUCUUUGAAGGAAGGCCUGAAGGCACUCAUGCUGCUACCAGUAGGGCUUCAUCAAUGUCCACAAGAAAGAAAAGGGGUGAAAGGAGUUUCAAAUUUCAGCCACGAAAAAUUUCUUUUCUUCAAAAAGAAGACAGGACGACAACUUUUCCUAAUCCAACCGGGAUUGAAGAACUGGCACCUCAAGAUAAACCCUCUUCUUUUAGAGAAGUUCAGGGUUUUCAUAGCUCUCCGGCUAACCCUGUUAUUGAAGAAAAAGUUGUACGGAAGGAAUUCAAUCAAUUUCCACAGAUGGACAGGACACUGUUGCGAGAGAAUAUUCAUAGUCUAGCAAAUUAUGGUCCACAAGGAGACAUUGACAAUCCAUUCCUGGAAAAGGAUGUAGACCCACAGAGUCAUAUAGAAAGUCCAACUUUUAGAAUGAAGACGCCUGUGUGCAGUUCGCCUAGUUCAACUCCAAAAGCAGAUAAAAUAGUUUAUGAAUCUUCAAGUCCUGGCUCAGCAGAGGAAAUACUUUCUACGAGAAAUAUUUGUAGCUUCAGGAAAUUGCGGACUUCAGAAGAGGAUCGUGACAGAUCAAAUGUAACACCACACCUUUCAGAAGAUGAAAAAGAGAUUGAGCAAUCUCCACUCGAGAAUGCAGCAACUGGUGUAACAAAAGAAGUAGCAGAUUAUGGGUUAUCUGAUUCAUCAUCCGAGGACACCAGCUAUGAAAGCUCUGCAGAAGCUUCAAGUCAAAGAGAUACACUCUCUCCAGAAAUCGCAAACAUAAAGAAGUUCAAGUCUAUGCUUCGUCCAGCAAAGAGGGCCCGUAGUGUAGAAAACCAUGAAUUUGAUUUGAAUGGGCCUGGAGAAAGUAGUUGGGCCGAGGAAACUUUAGUACCGAACGAAGAGGAUGGCCUUGCAAGGGCCGUCAAACUGUUUCUCUCAGAGCUUGAGAAGAUGAAAAAUAAAAUAUCGUCAAUAUCUAUCGAAAAAUCUUCAGAGAUUCUGCUGUCAGUUGCCGAGAGUAUUCAUUUGCAGUUGCAGAAUGUUGAGUCUCAAAUCCAAAUGGACACGGUAAAGCUGUUGAGCUUUGGUAAAUCAAGACGAAAAGUUCUAGAAACAAAAUUUGAAGAACAACAACAGCAAUUGACGCGCAUUAACAAAAAGUUCAAGGAGGAGGUUAAUCAGCAUCUACAGGAUUGUAGGAACUCACUACAAGAAUUGGAAGCGCAACAGAUAGAGUUCAAGGGAACUAUGGAAAAGAAAAAAGCAUCACACCGUAAUAAUCUCUUGCAAGUGGAAGAAGAAGUUGACAAGCAACUUGCGGAUGCACAACGGAGAAUUGAAGCUAUCCACGAGUCGGGAAGAGGAAAGAUACUGCAGCUGAAACAACUAAUAGCAAUGUUGUUGAAAUAGGAAUGUUAAAUGACAUACUUUGCUCGGUUAGCGAGUUUGUGUAGGUAUUCGUAUCCUUUUCAGUUGGCGACUUUGCCAUUUAUUUUCUCGUUUGUUUGUGCUAGCUGCUAGGUUAACCCAAUUCAUAAAUGCUCUAAAAUUGUAUAUUUUUUUUCUGUAAUCCUUUUUACCUUCAUCUGCACAAGCAUCAGUACAACCUAGAUUGUCUA